GGCGCCUCUGUACCGCCAGAGAUUCGAGCACGGGGUCCAGAAGCCGAACUUGCCUUCCAAAAAGCCCUGCAGAAUGGAAAGGUGAAAGUUUACCGUGGUCGCAUAAUGCUACUUGGCCAGGAAAGGGCGGGCAAAACGAGUCUCAAAAAGUCUCUUUUGGGAAUGCCUUUCAAUCCACAGGAAGAGAGUACCGUUGGAGUUGAAGUUGAUCCUUCAAAAUGCCAACUGGACGUCGACCAAAUAAAAAAUUGGGAGCCUAUAAAAGAUAAGAAGCUUGAAGUAUCUGAGUUUGCGGAAGACAUUGCAAUGUUCAUCGCCAAAGAUUUGACCAAAGGACUAGUUGAAAAACAAGAUAUUUCACAGUCCGCGGGAGUCUUAGAAGAGGUAUCAUUGAUGAACUAUAUUUGUACAUUUGUUGUAAUAUUUUGUUGCUGUGGACGAGAUGAUGAUUUUUUUUUCUUUAUAGCUUGAAAGUAAACUGAUAAUUCAAUGAGUUCUACUCAAACAGCAGCUUCGUUUUAUUUUGUUUUGUUGUUGUUUGUUGUUUUUGUUUUUGUUGUCCGAACAGUGAAGAUGUUAUUCUCUGAUCUAGUUGUGACACAUAGGGCUAGGGAGUCAUUUGAAGUCUUUGAAGAAUGGCAAAAUAUCAGUUUACUUUUCGGUCAGUAACCCGUGGUCCUUCAGUCCAGUUCAAUUUUUUCUAAAGAUUGUUAUACACCUGAUUGUUUUAUAGAGUAAUAGGGACCAACUGGACGGCAUAAGGCCAAAGCAAUCUGAGACCUUGUCAACCGUAGCCCAGUCGACAACGAGUAUAAAACCUAAAAGCACCUCAGAGCUUCAUGGCUCGAGGGAUGAUAAUGCAGAGGGGAAAAGUUCAACCAGUUCAUCAGAUCAAGGUGUGCAGUUAAAUAUCGACACCACUGCAGCGUUGUCGGACGAUGUCACAGAGUUGGUCAUUCAAUACUUGGAGCGGCUCAAAUUGGAUGAUGACAUCAAAGCAAAGGAAGUCAUUUUGACGCUGUGGGAUUUUGCUGGACAGCACCUAUACUAUGCGUCACAUCCUGUCUUUCUUUCACCGCGAGCAGUGUACGUCUUGGUCUAUAAUCUUAGCAAAAGUCUAAGUGCCGAAGCUGAGCCCUGUGUCAGACAAGGUAUUCAUGAUCUUCUCUUGGACAACCCAAACAGUGAGACCAACUUAGAUAGUUUACUGGCCUGGUUAGUUUCUGUUCAUAGUAUUCGACGUCCCACAGAGAGUAAAGCUGUGCAAGGAGCAAAUCAUCAAGGCAUAAACUUGCCCUAUCUUCGUCCACCAGUCUUCAUUGUUGGUACAAAUGCUGAUCACCCUUUUGAAGACCCCAAGAAAAUGGAAAAGUGCAUCAAGAGGGGUAUCUCGGGCAACACUUACGAAGAGCACGUGAUCAGGCCAUUCUUUGCAGUCGANAAAAAAAGGAAUUAUAAAAACUAGUAUAAAAAAAGGAAAGACCAUAUAUUUUUUUUUUUUUUUUUUUUGUGCGCUUUGCUUAUCUGUCUCGUUCUUCUUUUUUUUUUUUUUUUUUUAGUUUGGGGGGUUUCACUUUCCGAAAAAAACGGGGGGGAAAAUAAAAAUUUUUUUUUCCCCCCCCCCCCCCCCCAUCUAAUGCACAAAGCAAAUACAAAAUGUCAAACCCACUUUUUUACCUCCAAUCAGGCCUUUUUUGGUCAUGUUUACUUGUAACGGUUUUUUCGUUUUCCCUUUUUUGUUCACAGAUGGUUUAAUUUCGAAAAAGUUGUUGAGGCAUUGGUUGCCACGAAGACAUUCCACAUGUCCGUGGACCACCUUCUCACCGUCACCAGGAGAGUUUGUCAAAUCGAGGACGAUGCGGAGUUGACGGCCUUGUUGAAUUUCUAUCAUGAUCUUGGUGUUAUAGUCAAGCAUGGCCAUACAGUAGUGCUGCAGGCUCAGUGGCUUAUAAACCUAUUUAAACAACUGAUAACUGUCCCGCCUUUCAAUGAGGUGGUAAGUAAGUCAUUAGGGACUGUGCGAUUCUAAGACGCGGACGAAUACGAGUUCUAGAUUGCAGUCAAUGCAAAAUAAAGUGCGCGUGAACCAGUUUCAUUAUUGGGGGAAAACGGGACAGCCGUCGUCUUCUUAUUACGAGUUUUAGCGAUAAUAUCCUAGUGACGGAAGCAAGAGUUGUCAGAUGUUAGAAGUGAUUUCAUAAAGGUAACGGUGCUAACUUUUCCGGAGAAAAAAGUACUAAAAGCAUUCCGGAGUGUCUAUUUUUUGAGAAUACGCAUAAAAAUCUUAAAAUUUAAUUGUAGUACUCGUAGUUGUUUUUGUCCUCAAAUCUGCAUGUCUCAUAUAUCUUCAUGUACUUUCCCUUACAAAAAUCUCGUUAAAAAUCUUGGUUACGUCCGUUAAUGAGGACUUUGUUAAUGUCUUCCCUCGUUUUUGCACUGAUAAGGUGUUACAGGCACAUCGUGUAGUGGCGUAUCAUUCAAUAACUGUAACAUUUCUUGAGAUAAACUAUUUAAACAUAGCUGAACUAUUUCUUUUUCGUCAGCUUGUCGACAGCUAUUGUCUGUGAGAAUAUACACAACCUCUUGAUAGCGCAAACAUUUUCUCAGCCCUCGCCCGCGAUUUUCUUGUGAAUGUCUCUAAAAUUAGGCAUUCAAGCACUUCUAUCAGUGUUAUUGCGAACAAAAACACAAAUCGAUCAUUCUAACUAAAGGCCUGCGUGAGAUUUAUUUAUAUUUUGAAGAUGUUUUUUAAUUGUUCUGUAUUUUAGGAUCCUGUAUGUUCCAAAUGUUGGCGCGAGCUAGAGGAAAACGGCAUCCUUAGAAUGGCUCUUGUAGAUCACGUUUUCACGGAUUUCAUUCAGAAUGGCCUUUCAAAGCAGGACGUCCUUGAUAUGAUGGAGCUGUAUGGCUUAAUUGGCAAGUUCUCCUGCUUGUCUUCGACGGACGAUCAGGUGCAAGAAUACUUUGUUCCAGCUCAGCUCAGAUCAUCCCCAUCAGGUCUGUGCAAGAUAAGUCCCUCCGAUAGUGAUCCGUGUCCACUAUAUAUCUAUUUCUCUGAUGGAUUUGUUCCACACGGGCUCUUUUCUCAACUGUUGUCGAGAUCUAUCAGCUGGUGCUCCCAACAAGGGUUCAAGCAGUCUCCACAACUGUACAAUAAUGGUGCAAGGCUUUUCAUUGGAAUGCAGAGUGCUUUCGAGCUUUUCCUGAUUUGCAGAAAGAGAUUUAUCAAGAUAGUGUUGAAGAUGAGUCAGAGAUGUCGUUCCAUGAGUGGGUCAAUGACAGCUGCCUCGACGAAAAUGGCCAAUGAAGUUCGUGCCUUCCUUGAGAUGUCUUUGAAAGCUCUUACGUCUGAGCUGUACUGGUUGCAGAGCAUCCAGUAUGAAAUGCGUGUCGCUUGCUGUCUCUGCUCGAAAAAUGGAGACCAGUGCACAAAACAUAAAUCAACAAGUUGUUCUCAGGAUGAGUGCCUUCAUCUACUCCGAGUACAUCCCGAAGAAGAGCCUAUUUGUGCGAAGAGCUACAGUGGUGGAGCAGUUAAGGUGAAUGGAUUGGAGAAAUGGUUCCAAGCCCAUACAGCUCAGGUAAUCUUGUCACUGAUGCCAUUUGUUUAGAUGUCUCAUACGAGUCUCUGCUUGGUAAUAAAGUAAACUGAUAUUGCGCCUUUGCUAAUGCUUGUGUUACUCCUUUGUUUGAUUCAAAUUAGAAUGAGGAGAGACCUUGGAGUGCUCGUCUAAGGCCAACGAAAUUUUAAAUGGUACCGUCUUGAUUUCCUUUUCAUGUGGUUUGUUUCUUUGCUUGCUUUGUUAUGUGCCAUGCUUGUGUUAAAAGCCGCGUCAAACAACUAGAGUUUGAAAGCGUAUCUUCAUAGUAGCUGUUGCUUCCUUGAUCUGUACCGCUAAUAAUACGCUCUUUCUAAGUGGUAAACCGUUGUAAAAAAAUGUCUGAAUCACCGUCCAAAUUCCACUUUGACUGAUUGGACCAGGCAACUGCUCAGAAUUUAUCUUUCUUGUGUUAUAUAUUUUCAUUACCGUUCGUCAUUUCGUUUCCACUGAAACUAAUCUGCAAAACAGCCGUUAUUUUUCUCGCGUUUAUCAGGCGACCGAAGGCGAGCGCGAAACGGGCGUGCAGGGCCAGAGACGCGCGUUGGGAGAGUAGCAAAACAAAAAUGCGUUAUUUGUUUCACUCCUCUCCCGUCAUGUGGUCUGGUGUUCCACGUCCGCCUCGCGCUUUCUUUCGCUCGCCUGAAAAACGCGAACCGCCUGUUCUGCACCUUAACUGAACUUCGCCCUGAUAAUCACUCUAAAGGGGAUGUUUUUAAGUCAUGUGAUAACUCGUAUUCAUAAAAGGCUGCUUUAACAGAUUUUGCAUCUCUCAAGUGUGGCAAACCUUCAACUGACGACCUUCUUCUUAUUGCUUACGACCUUGGUUUCCUUGGUUCCUCGUGGAAAAUGUUUGGACGGGCACUUCACCUAGACAAACCACAGCUAGGACAGAUUGAAGAGGAUGAGGGGAAGCUUAUUGAAAAGAGUUAUGGUGUGUAAUAGGUUUAAUCAUGUGUUUACUGAUGAACAAAUUUGCAUGACUUGCCUUGGGUUUAAAGACAUGCAAAAUAUUUCAGUUGAAAACACGCCCUUAAACGCUUAAAUAAACUCAUCUUUGGAGGUAUUCUACUAAAAGUGAAGAAAACAAAGUUAAUAUUUAGAGAGAAACCAAGACUUUCAAGUUCUGGCAUGUAGAUAUGAGACGUCUGCGGUGUAUAUUUUCUCCUCAUUUCCAUGUUUAAAAGUUAAGGUAACUUGAUCCCCCUUCAGGUAUGCUAAAGAAAUGGUUGGAGUCUUGUGGAGACACAGCAAAUUAUCAAUGUCUUGCGGAAGCAUUCCAACAACUAGGACGAGCAGAUCUUGCUGCAAAGUACUGUAACGUGCACAGCGAUCCCUGUAAUGGUAAGUGCUGGAGUCCUUGUUAAAAAUACUUUUUAUCAAGUUCCACUUAUUAGUUCACAGGAUCAUAGGGUGACCGGCUCGUCAUUGGGAACUUCAACAUUUUUUUUUUUAGCACGAUAACUGCUCUUAUAAAUUGUCUAGUUUUCCUUCUUUGUUUUGUUGUUUCUAUUAUUGUUGUAAAAGUGGUUUUUGGCGGCCAACUUUGCCUGCUUUCCACCUUGCACCUUGUCUAGUUCAUAGUCAUGCAUAGUUCACAAGUAGCACCACCCUUGCGGCUAACGCGCUUAACCAUUACACAGUGGGGGUGGAGAAAGGAGCUCUUUUCUCUGCGGCUGAAACAAGAGCCGAAACGGAGUCUACUCUCGAAGGCUAGAAUGGACAUGUGGGAUUACUGUGUAGCUUGUUCAUCAAGUGGAUUUGUUUCCUAUUUUUCACAGAUUAUGUAGUUUUGCCUUCAUCGCCUUCAGUUAAGGCUGGCACGCCAUCCAGUGAAGACCUUCUCGAUAUUGCUGGUGAAUUUUGUGCUUCUUGGAAGAUGUUCUGUCGAGCAUUACACCUUACUGAAGCCACGCUGGCACAGAUCGAGGAGAACGAGCGUGAUAUGGUCAGCAAAUGCCACGGUACAGUUACUGAAAAUACUUUCAUAAGCUGAAGCCUUAAUAAGCUCUAAUGUCGAUGCGUUGUUUUAGAUGAGUAGAAAAGAAAAGUUGAUUGCAGGCGAUUAAUAAGUGAGUCGGUUAAUGUCAACAAGGCGUCGUCAAACCCCAAGGGGAAAAACUAAUCAUGAUGAUUAUUAUGUAAUAAUAACAAGAAAAAUUCAAUGGAAAACAGAAACAAUAAUCUUUAUGAUUUGUGCUUAAAACGAAGUUCAGGGCCAGAUAUUUUUACGUUAACUUUUACCACUGCAGCUGUGUUACACAUGUGGACAGAAAAGUGGGGAUCUGAGGCGACCUAUGAACGCUUGGCACAGGCACUGCAGCAUCCAGCUGUUAAGCACUCAAAUCUGGCUGCUAAGUAUUGUCACUUGAACAAGAGUACUUCUUAA